AUGUUCGGCGUCAAGUCAACCCUUAUCCUGGCUCUGGCAGCCCUGUCCGUCGCGGCUAGCGGCGACAGCACUGUCAUUAGCCCGCGCCAGGCUUCUGAGGUGACGUGCGGCAGCAACCGCUACAGUAGCACUCAGAUCCAGGCCGCUGUCAGCGAGGGCUGCAGGCUCAACGCGGCCGGCAGCACCGUCGGCAGCAACAACUACCCGCAUCGCUUCAACAACAGGGAGAAUCUGCCUUUUUCGAUUGCGGGCCCGUACCAGGAGUUCCCAAUUCUGCCCAACAACAAGCUUUACACUGGCGGCUCUCCUGGUGCCGACAGAGUCGCUUUCACGACCCCCAGCAACGGCCAAUGCGCCUUUGCCGGCGCCAUGACGCACACUGGCGCGUCGGGCAACAACUUUGUCGUCUGCCGGGGAUCCACAUCGGUGAGCGGCUCCCCGUCAGAGGAGACCAACCCUCCCUCCACGACUGAGAAGCGAACCAACUCGGGAGCAUCCCUCUCUGCCGCCGGUCUCGGUGGUGUCGCGAUGUCGGUUGUCGCCUAUGUGCUUGUUCUUAUGUGA